UAGCUGGCUGGUCGCUACAGGAAGCGGAGGGCGAGCGCUCCACGUGGGUUUCGGUCCGGCUUAGAGCUACGCUUCUCGCUUUUUGCUGGUUAUGGCUGAGAGGAUCGAAGAACGCAUCGAGGACCGAAUUCCGGAGCUAGAGCAGUUGGAGAGAGUCGGGCUGUUCACUCGUAAGGAAGUCAGGGCUGUCAUUAAGAAGGUCUCAGCUCUUGAAUAUAAGAUACAGCGGAGAGCACUUCAUAAGAAGGACUUCAUUAGUUAUAUACAGUAUGAAAUCAACCUCUUGGAACUGAUUAAAACACGAAGACUGCGCAUAGGAUAUUCAUUUAAGAAAGAAGAGAUUGAAUAUUCCAUUGUGCAAAGAAUCCAUGGCGUUUUCAAGCGUGCUACAACAAAAUGGAAGGAUGACCUUCAGCUGUGGCUGUCUCAUAUUGCAUUUUGCAAGGAAUGGAACAAGAAAAUACAGCUGAGCAAGGUGUUUUCUUCCAUGUUAGCCCUUCAUCCCAACAAACCAGCUUUGUGGAUCAUGGCUGCAAAAUGGGAGAUGGAAGACCGCCUGUCAUCAGAAAGUGCUCGGCAGUUGUUCCUUCGUGCAUUGCGUUUCCAUCCAGAAUCUCCUAAACUUUAUCAAGAGUAUUUUAGAAUGGAGCUGAUGCAUGCAGAAAAGCAAAGGAAAGAGAAGAAAGAAUUUGAGCAAGCAAAGAUAGAUUUAGGUGAGUUCAGUUUUUCUGAGGACAUCCUUAAUGCUGAACUGGCUAGAAUUGUCUACAGAAAUGCAAUUGAGAAAAUCAAAGGUGCAGAGUUUGCACUAUCGCUUCUGUCAAUUGCAAAACGUUUUGAUUUUACACAAGAUCUUCAGAAAGAAAUUCUUGAAAACUUGCAGGCAACGUACGACAACGAUCCUCUUGUGUGGGAUUUCAUGGCACGGCGGGAACUGGAGAUGGAAUCCCCGCCUCCUUCAGAACAACCUAAGUCGAAACAGUCCAAGGCUUUAGAGGUUGCCCGCAAAGAAGAGCGGUGUUGCGUUGUAUUUGAGGAGGCAAUCACACACCUUCCCACUGAGGAAAUGUGGAAGUGUUAUGUCACUUUUACCUUGGAAAGAUGUAACCGGAAGACCAACAGUGAAGAAUUACGGCAAAAGAGACUGGAAAGGGUACAGAGUGUUUUCAGCCGAGCUCAUGAAUCACAAUUGCUGCCAGCUUCUCUCUAUAAACAGUGGAUUCAGCUCCUGCUGGAACUCAGUCAUGAAGACAAGGCCAGAGAGGUGGCUGCGGCAGCCACAAACCGUUUCAGCCAAUUGGUGGAUAUGUGGGAAAUGAGGCUGCAGUUGCUGCUGAAAUUGGAGAGCAAUGAAGUGGCUGCCUGUGCCCAGGAGGCUUUCAAAGCGGUUAAAGCGAAGGACACGUUGCCACUAUGGACUUUAUGGCUAGAAUGGAGUGAAGGUGCAAGUAGCAAAGCAGAGACUGAAGCCCUCUAUCAGAGAUCUUUCCUUGCCACACUUCCUGCUGACUCCAUAGCCUUGAAAGAAAAGUACCUUGAAUGGGCUCAUAGGACCGGUGGCUAUAAGAAAGCAAAGCAAGUCUUCACCAGGCUGCAGGAAUGCCGCCCAUUUUCACUCCAGUUUUUCAAAAAAAUGAUUCAGAUUGAAAAGGAACAAGAAUCCAGUAAAAUAUUUAACAUCCGAGAAUAUUAUGAACGUGCCUUGAGAGAAUUUGGUGCUACAGAACCUGAUCUUUGGCUGGAUUAUAUCAAAGAAGAGCUGAAUCAUUCUCAAGGCAAACCAGAGAAUUGUGGCAGUAUUCACUGGAGAGCUAUGAAAAUAUUGCAGGGAGAACAAGUGGAAACAUUUAUUUCAAAGUAUACAUUGCUGCAAGCUGGGCACCUGUGAGAAAUUAUUUUUUAUUCUAAUGGCAAAUUAUCCUGUUUGUUAAUCUAACAACUAUGGAAACUCUUGGCUUUUAGUUGAGUCAAGUGUAUAAUAAAUGUUCCCUGGAUAAAUUAUUUGCUACUAAAUAAUUGCCUAACAUCCAUAUUCCCUCCACAUUACUGGAGUUAACAGAAAUGUAAGUUUUAGAUUUUAAUUAAUAUACAUAUAAAUAUACUUUCAAGGAAAGUGGAAGAACAAACUUAAUUUUGAGUUUAUUUUGCUACUGUUUUGUGAUAGGACCUGUUUAUAUUUUAUAUUAUUGUGAUAGAACUGGAUUUCAUUCUGGCUAGUGAAUAGAAAUUAGUUGUCUGCCAAACAAAUGUAAAUGAUCAUAUAUAGAUUGUUCCAGGGACAGCUAGUUUUGGGUGGUUUGUGUAGAAAGCAAAACAUGCAUGUGUGGUCCAGAUGCAAACUGGAAUACAAUUGUUCUAGACAAAAGUAUUUUGGUGCAUUUGGGAGGGAGGGAGAUAGAACAACAACAAAAAAAGCCUUACUGAAGUUAGGCACAUUUCUUUGUUUUAAAAAAAUGAAUGCAUAUUCAUUAUGUACAGAUUCAAAAUAAAAAUUUGAAUAUCUCAA